AUGAUUCGCACUUUGGGCCUGCAGCUGCAAGCGUUCGAUUAUGGAUCGUUCACCGAUGAUGUCGGUAUCGAGUGGCGAAAGUGGCUACGAUCGUUCGAAGCGAUGAUGCGAGCCAGCCGUAUAGACGACGAAGAUUGGAAGAAGGACUUACUGCUGCACUAUGCGAGACCCAGUGUUCAAUUGUUGUUCGACACCUUACCGGAGCUACCAGAAAAGGAAAUGCGUGGUCCAUUGUUCAACACGGAGCGUUAUAUUCCAAACAUGACCAGCUACGAGGAGGCAAAAGUCAAGUUGAAUGAGUUUUUCUUGCCCAAGGAAAAUUCAACAUAUGAGCGUCAUCUGCUUCGACAGAUGCAACAAAAAGUGGGUGAGAGCAUCGACGCUUUCACUAUCAGGCUCAGGGUCCAAGCGGAACGCUGCGGUUUUGGUGACAGAUUGGAUGAAAAUAUCAAGGACCAAAUCAUUCAGAACUGUCAAUUAGCUGCUCUCCGUCGCGAGUUACUGAAGCGAGGUGAUGUAAGUCUGGAAGAGGUGCUAGAUACGGCUAAAAUUUUCGAAACCGUCGCCCAGCAAGAGAAAUCCUUCGCUAAUGGAGAUGGAAUGAAAACUCCAGUUAAUGAUGUCAACAAGGUCGAUCUAACACCUUCCCUCGGCAAGAGGAUGCGGUUUGCUGAUCCAAGUCAAUUCGAGUGUCAUCGUUGUGGAUUCGUAGGACACCUAGCUAAAGACGACUCAUGUCCGGCAAGAGGAAAAACCUGUAACAAGUGUCUCGUCAAAAAUCAUUUUGCGAAGAAGUGUCGUACAAGACAGCCGAUUAAACCGAAAAGUUAUCCCAAGAGCGAACGCACAGGAAGGAUUCUCACGGCAAAUCCAAGGACCAGUAAGGACGAAGACUCACAUACGGUGAAACACAUCGCUGAGGAUUUGGUUGACGGCAUCGCGGAAUACGUUUUUAAUGUGACAUCUUGUGACGGCAACGGUGAGAUGCGGUGUGAAAUUGGCGGAGUACCUGUGUUUGCUGUGAUCGACUCGGGCUCGAAAUAUAACAUGCUGAGCCAGUCGAAUUGGGAGCAACUCAAAAUCAAUAAAGUGGUUGUAUCAAACCAGCGACGUGAAUCACUCAUGGAGUUUAAAGCAUAUGGAGGGCAAUCACUUCCUUUGAUUGGCGCUUUCAAUGCGAUUCUCAAAGUGGGAAGCGUGAAUACCAUGGCCGAGUUCUAUGUGGUGAAAGGCAACGGCAAAAUAUUGAUCGGACGCGAUACUGCAACAUCAAUGGGAGUUCUAAGGAUCAGUGCCCCUGUCAACGAAGUUGAAGCCAACAGAUGCAGUAAGCUGGGAACCAUCAAGGACGUUAUUGUAGACAUUCCGAUCAGAACUGAUGUAACACCGGUUGUUCAACCGUACCACCGUAUACCAGUGGCACUGGAGAAAUUGGUCGACAAGAAAAUUGAUGAGCUGCUACAUAAGGGUAUUAUUGAGCAAGUGAAUGAACCAGCGAAAUGGGUAUCCCCUGUGGUCGUAGUACCCAAGGGCGAUGGCAGCGAUGUACGCAUUUGCGUCGAUAUGCGUCGGGCGAAUGAGGCGGUUGAGAGGGAAAAUCACCCUCUACCGACAAUCGAAGAUUUCCUGCCCCACCUGGCGAAAGCUAAAGUAUUUUCUCGUUUGGAUGUCGAAAGUGCUUUCCACCAGAUAGAGAUAUCCCGAAGCUCCCGUGAGAUCACGACAUUCAUCACAAACAGAGGUUUGUUCCGCUAUACCCGGCUUAUGUUUGGUAUCAACUGCGCUCCUGAACUGUUCCAAAAAACCAUGGAACAGAUUCUGAGCGGAUGCGACGGCUGCGUAGUUUUUAUCGAUGACGUUAUGGUAUUCGGCGCUAAUCAAGCGGAACACGAUUUGCGAUUGGAAAAGGUUCGUCAGAGGCUGCAGGAACGGAAUGUCGCCCUAAAUGAAGGUAAAUGUGUUUAUGAUGUACCGGAAAUAAAGUUUUUGUGUCAUGUGUUGUCCGUUGAUGGAAUUAAACCAGAUACAGACAAAUUAGAAGGAAUCCGCAAUUUUCGGGAGCCAAAAACAGGGGAAGAGGUUAGAAGCUUCUUAGGCCUCGUGAAUUACCUUGGAAAAUUUAUUCCGGAUUUGGCGACAUUGACUUUUCCGCUCCGGCAGUUGACGAAACAGAAACAACCUUUUGUUUGGGGCUGUGCACAACAAGAGGCAUUUGUGAAAUUGAAGGAUUAUAUGAUUUGUCCGACUACGUUGGGAUAUUUCGAUGUUGAUGAUAGAACCCAACUGGUAGCCGAUGCCAGCCCGGUUGGCUUGAGGGCUGUUCUAAUACAGAUUAAUAGACAAGGUGCUAGGAUCAUAGCUUACGCUAGUAAGAGCUUAUCAGAUGUAGAGAAACGAUAUGCGCAGAUUGAGAAGGAAGCGUUAGCUCUUGUGUGGGCGGUCGAACACUUCCAUUUUUAUUUGUAUGGUCGGUCGUUCGAACUAAUAACGGAUCAUAAGCCUUUAGAGGCUAUCUUCAGCCCAAAAUCUAAACCUUGCGCAAGGAUUCAGAGGUGGGUGGUUCGUCUACAGGCGUACAAAGCAAAAGUGAUCUAUCGACCCGGCAAAACAAAUAUUGCUGACCCACUGUCACGAUUGGCUAUCAAGGAUAACGUUUCGGGUAAAACAUUCGACGAAUGCGCUGAAUCCUAUGUACAUUGGGUUGCCUCAAAUGCAAUGCCGGUAGCUCUAAAGAUCACAGAAAUUGAGCAAGCCUCGGAAUCGGACAAAUCGAUUCAAUCUGUAAAAGAUGGAUUGGAACAAAAUGUUUGGUCGGAAGAUGCUAACCCAUAUAAGAUUUUCGCUACGGAAUUAUGCUUUGCCGGUAACAUCUUACUACGAGGAACGCGUAUAGUCAUACCAGAGGCCUUGAGACUACGGGUAUUGGACCUGGCCCAUGAGGGUCAUCCUGGUAUAACAAUAAUGAAACAGCGGUUACGCGCCAAGGUAUGGUGGCCGAAGCUUGACACACAAGUCGAACGAUAUGUCAAAAACUGCCGAGGAUGCAUGCUGGUAGCUGCACCUCCUGCACCUGAGCCGAUUAAGCGCAGAGAACUACCAUCAGGACCAUGGCAGCACAUAGCCAUCGACUUCCUUGAACCACUUCCCUCGGGCCAUCAUCUGUUAAUUAUUGUUGACUAUUUCAGCCGCUAUAUAGAGAUUGAAAUUUUUACUAAGACAGCGGAUUCCAGCGAGACAAUCAAGCGGCUUGACCCGAUUUUCGCGCGAUUUGGCUUCCCAUUUUCGAUAACUUCAGACAAUGGUCGUCAGUUUUCUAGUGGGGAAUUCCAGAAAUAUUGUGAUGGGCAUGGUAUCGAGCUAAUCACCACAACAUCGUACUGGCAGCAGCAGAACGGUGAAGUAGAGCGGCAGAACCGAUCUAUCUUGAAAAGGUUGUCCAUUUGCGACGAACGGCAACUGGAUCGAUGA